AUGUCGGAGUCUGACGCUAAGAUCGAGGCUGCAACAACCUCGGCUAUAUCGACUAUAGUAUCUUCUGAUGUCGACGAUAACUAUGAAUUCUUCUUGCAACAUAGGGGUCUAGAAUAUACCCCAGAAGAGGAAAAAAGAGUCUUGCGAAAAAUAGAUCUGCAUUUGAUCCCAAUUCUAUUCUUUAUCUACUUGCUACAGUACCUUGAUAAAAACAGCAUCAAUUUCGCUUCAGUGUAUGGCCUCAAGACAGGAACCGGACUUACCGGAUCAGAUUAUUCAUGGCUCAGCUCAAUAUUCUACUUCGGCUACCUUAUUGCGCAAUACCCAGCCGGACUAGCGAUGCAGAAACUACCAGUCGGAAAAUUCUUAGCAAGCACAACAAUAGUAUGGGGCGGCCUCUUAAUGACAACGCCAGCAUGUCACAACUUCGCCGGAAUCGCAUCCAAUCGGUUCCUCCUCGGCAUGGUCGAAGCAGUCGUGAAUCCAGGCUUCGUGCUACUGAUGAGCAUGUGGUAUACAUCGCGUGAGCAGCCUUUACGCCUGGAAGCCUAUUAUUGUACCAAUGGAAUUGCAACCAUGUUUGGCGGAUUACUUGGCUAUGCCAUUGGACACAUAACUACCGGAUUACCUCGAUGGAUGUAUGUCUUCCUUAUUUUUGGUGCAAUUUCCCUCGUCAUCGGUAUCCUGGCAUUCUGGUUUCUCCCAGAUCUCCCAUCGACAGCCAGAUUCCUUAAUGAGCGUGAACGGGCUAUUGCCCUGGAUCGUAUUGCGGGGAACAGACAAGGUGUCAAGAAUCAUCAGUUCAAAUGGGAUCAAGUGUGGCAGGCGGCUCGUGACCCGAAGACAUGGCUUUUGUUUGUUAUGGCUAUAGGUGCGCAGGUGCCGAACUCGGCACUGACUAGUUUCACAUCAAUAAUUGUCGAAUCAUUCGGCUUUGAUACACUCGGAACCCAGUACCUUCAGAUUCCCGGCGGAGCGGUCAAUUUUCUCACACUGAUUAUCGGUGGCUUCAUUGCGACAAAAUACCAUGGAAGAUUUCAUUCCAGAAGUGCCUGCAUGAUUGUUGCCAAUCUAACCUGCAUCAUCGGAUCUGCACUCCUGGUUGGUCUAUCGGACUCCAAUAAAUGGGGCCGGUUGGUCGCGCUCUGGCUGUGCUAUUUCCAAGGACUGGGAUUUAGCAUGAGUUUGACGAUUGUUAGUUCAAAUAUUGCCGGCUACACGAAGAAGCAGGUCACCGGUGCUUUGUUGUUCACCGGGUAUUGCAUUGGCAAUAUCAUUGGGCCGCAAACUUUUAAGUCCAGUGAAGCUCCGGGGUAUCAUAGUGCUUAUAUUGCCAUGCUUGUUGGAUACACGAUCAAAUUGACCGCUAUUGUUGCGCUAUACUUGUAUAUGUACUUUGAGAAUAAGCGUCGGGAUCGUCUCGCACUUGAGAGUGGUGACUCGGAGGACGAUGGUGUGGAGGCAGGCAUGCUGGAUCAAACGGAGAUUGAUAACAAAAGAUUUCGAUAUGUGCUGUAA